AUGGUGGAAACUGAGCAGAAGAAACCUGUAACAACCUGGCUGAGCCCCCAGCUGUCGUCGUACUUCAUCGCCGGAGGUGUCGCAGGAGCCGCGUCUCGGACCGUGGUCAGCCCGUUGGAGAGGUUGAAGAUUAUACAGCAGGUACAACCGCCAUCCUCGGACAAACAGUACAAGGGGGUCUGGUCCAGUCUGGUUCGCAUGUGGAGGGAGGAAGGUUUCAGGGGAUUCAUGCGGGGUAACGGCGUCAAUUGUAUGCGCAUCAUACCCUACAGCGCUGUUCAGUUCACAACAUACGAACAACUGAAGAAGGUACUUCUGCAGUGGUUCACCGGAUACGGAGCGACUCCGCUGGACACGCCCACACGGUUGUGCGCUGGCGCACUCGCCGGAAUCACAUCUGUCUGUAUCACAUAUCCUUUGGACCUUGUUCGCUCCCGACUAUCUAUUGCAACGGCUUCAAUACCGUUGCAAAGCCCCGUAGUAUCUUCCACUGCGGCUCCCUUCUUUUCCGCCCAGGAUCUGACGGUGUGGGGCAUGACGAUGCGAGUUAUGAGGGACGAAGGAGGCGUUAGAGCACUGUAUCGCGGGUUGGUGCCGACUGCGAUGGGCGUCGCGCCCUACGUUGGCAUCAACUUCGCUUCUUACGAGGCGCUGCGAGGAUAUAUCACGCCUCCUGGGAAGAGCAGCGUGCACAGGAAGUUGCUAUGCGGAGCGUUGGCGGGCUCAAUAUCACAAUCCUUGACAUAUCCCUUCGAUGUGUUGCGGCGCAAGAUGCAAGUGACAGGGAUGAACGCGCUUGGUUACAAGUAUAAUGGUGCCUGGGAGGCCCUGGGAACCAUCGUUCGGACCGAGGGGAUAAGAGGGCUUUACAGAGGGCUCUGGCCAAAUCUAUUGAAAGUCGCGCCGAGUAUUGCCACGUCGUUCUUCACAUACGAGCUAGUGAAGGAUGCACUCGGUGCCUCAUAG